AAUGUACAACGAACUAUUGAUAGACGCGGUUUUCAAAAGAACUCCGAUAUGGGAUAAAAAGAGUAAAUAUCACUGGAAUAGAUCUGUGGUAGACAUGCACUGGAAGGAAAUUUCUGCAGAAAUGGUAGAAGACGAAACAAGACUGAGAAAGAAAUGGAAAUAUUUGCGCGACCAGUUUUCCGUCGAGUUGGGAAAACUGCCUCCCUAUCGUUCAGCAGAUGCCACAGAAAUCACACCUACGUCAAAAUGGCCAUAUUAUGACCAACUGCUGUUUUUAAAAGACACGGUCAAACCACGUUUGACCAUUGGCAAUCCUUCGAAAACAAUUGUUACAGCGUGUGCAAACGAUGGAAUACGGAGCACAGACUCGCACGUUGACGAAGAUGAAGUUCGAGUAUACUCGGACUUGGACCAAAACGAUAAUCGUCACGAUGAACACGAGGAAGGAUCAUCGUGCGCGUCUUCCUCAGCAGUUCGAGGAUUAAAAAGGAAACGAGGGUUGGAAAGGCGAAAACUCGAGGAUCUACAUCUGAAACCGUCGCGAAACCGUGAUCUGGACGACGACGAAGAUAUUUUAUUCUUCAAAAGCUUACUCUCGCAUGUGAAAAAGAUACCCGAAUCGCGGAAAUUGUCUUUUCGCAGCCGCGUGCAGGAGAUUGUGGAACAAUUCGCUUAUGGGACUGGCACGAGUUCUACCCGAACCACUCCUAUCUCUUUUCAUUCUUCCCUUCAUUCUACCGACACCCACGACCCUCUGGAAUUAAAUUUCCAUUCCAUUUCUCAGUCUGCUCAACAUUCUUCGUAACUAAACAUUCCCACCAGUUAUUAUAUGUUACCUACUGUACAUACCGUUACGUUAUAAGGAAACUUGUC